UGGCACUGUAAGCUAUCUAUGUAACUAAUCGCUUCCCCUCCCACUCAUCCUGCCAUCACGCUAUUCACCUUUCUUCGCAAGCCUUCGUCGUCUGAUUUCGACGCAUUGAUCGUCUCGGUUGAUGUGAUAUCCGUGAUACAAACCUUAAAUUUUACAAUCCGACUCGACUCAUGGGAAGAUAAGAGUAACCAUACCAUUGUUCACCUGCCAUGUUACUGUCACCAAUUAUUCCAUAUGCGAGACCAACUGGCAAAGCGGACGUCUGAUUUCGGUCCACGACAACGCUGACCGAUACUGAGCCCUCAAUCUCUGCAUGGAAGUCUUUCGCUGGACGAAAGUCUGCUUGUCAAAUAUAUAGCAUCUAAGCCCUCGAUCACCUGUCGUAUUUCGUCGCCAUGGGAAGACUGAUCAAAAACCACUGGGCCCGCUUGAUCAUCCUCACCGCUGCAGCUUAUCAAGUAGGCAGCGCUGUGGAGUGCUUCAUCUGGCCCAAAAUAUUCUGGGACUUCACAACAAGAAAUCUUAACGGCGCUGUAAAACCUACCCCGAUACUCCAAAUCCUCAACCUCAUAAUGGGCCUGCUCGGCAUCGCAUGGGAAUGGCCGUUGAACCUUCUCGCUGGAACCCUACCACAUCGCAGCAUCGAAGUGCGACUCAUCAUGUACCCUCUCAGCGCUCUCCUCGCUGCCCUUCUCUACCAGGGGACGGAUCCUGCCAUAUACUAUCUGAUCGGAAUUGCGGUCUACUUCUGGGCGUACACCGAAGGCGAGCAAGGUCUUCGGUCAACAGCAGAUAUGUCGCCACCUGCUCCUGUUGCUGAGGACAUUUCCCUAGCAUAUCAAGAUGAAGCUGGCAUCGACGACGAACAUGAUGUCCCGGUGAACAAGAAGACCACUUUCAAUGGCAGACUGAACCAAUACUUUCAUGCAUCCAAGAACGUCGCAUCGACAAGGGAGUCGCUGUCGAAGGUUGCCUCAGCGCCGAAUCUCCUAACAGCAACGACCAAGCGCAAACCCGACUCUCAAUCAGAACCACCCAGUGAUCCAUCCAGCAAUGCCUCGACACUUCAAUUGCCCAUCAAACGACCACGAACCCUCCGUUCAAGCCGAUCCUCACCCGUAACCACCAGUCUCACCCCGCGCAUCACCCGUUCCCGCUCCGCUUCUUCCACCACCUCGCUCCUUCCAUCAACGCCCAACUCCCCUCUCACACCGUCCCGCCGCCGACAACCCUCCACACCAGCUACAUCCUCCACCUGCCUCCUCCGCGACACCAUCCCGCCGAAUCUCACCCUCCUCCUGGUCGGCGUAAACCCAGGCAUCAUGACCGGCACCACAGGCUUCGCCUACGCACACCCCUCGAACCUCUUCUGGAAACUCCUGCACUGGUCCGGCAUCACCCCCAUCCGCCACCCGCCCUCAGACACCUACCGCCUACCGGAACUCUACAACAUCGGAAACACGAAUAUCGUCGAGCGCCCAACGCGAGACGCAAGCAUGCUCAGCAAGGCUGAGAUGAACGCGGGUGUCCCCGUGCUUGAGGCCAAGGUCGCGAAGCAGCGGCCCGAGGCGGUCUGUCUCGUGGGCAAAAGUAUCUGGGAGGCUGUGUGGCGGGUGCGCAAGGGGAGGCCGAUCCGCAAGGAGGAGUUCCGGUAUGGCUGGCAAGAUGAGACGGAGAAUAUGGGGCGAUGUGAUGGCCCUGAUGGAUGGGAGGGCGCGCGGGUGUUUGUCGCGACGACCACGAGCGGCCUGGCUGCUGGGAUGAGUAUCGCGGAGAAACAGGCCGUGUGGAAUGAAUUAGGGAGCUGGGUUAUUCAGCGCCGGGAGGCUCUUGCGGGCAAGCUGCCUAGCCAAUGA